CAAGUCACCUCUAAACACUUCAGCAUGCGUAUCAAUUAGACAUCACUCUGUUUAUGGUUUCCCUAAGGUAAAUUUUACAUAAAAUGAAAUGUACAAAAUCAUAAAGACCACUUGACCAGUUUUACAUUAUCCAACAGCUAUUAAAAUAAAUCCCACCACCCUUAAGCCCCUUCCUAAAUAAUUCGUACCUCCCUCUCAUUCCAAGAAGAAACUACUGCUCUCAUUGUCUUUGUUCUUUUCUUGCCAUCGAUUCAUUUAGAAAUUUUGUAUAAAUGGAACCAUAAAUGCACCGCAGCUAUUUUUCUGCAUGGCCUUCUUAGCACGGUGUUUGAGAACUGUGUUCUUGUUGUUCUUUGUUGCCACGGAUUUAUGCAAUGGCUUAGCAAAAGGAAAAGAAAUAAGUAGGUCUGUUCUAUCUUCCUGGAAGUGGCUGUCCUUGCUAUUGAAUUUUUAUCUGUAUUUGUUUUCUUCCUCAAUAUUUUAUUGUGGGAAAUUUCCAAAAUACAGAGAAGAUGAAAAAUUGUACCUCCCCCACCCCCGCCCACAUAUCCAACUAGAGUCAACGCUUCUCAUUUUGCUGUAGUUUACCUUAUUGUGUACGUGUGCAUCUACUCAUUUUUUUUAAAUUACAGAAUGCUGUCUUAUUGAAUGGAUAAUACCAUAGUUCACCCAUUGUGGACUGCCACCAAAAUAUGGAAGUUAGGACAAUUUGAUGGACUGGACAAAGCUUCCAGAGCCAACUCAGAUGGCCCCACGGCAGGUUCCCAGACACCGCCCCUCAAGAGAAAGGGGAAGCUCUCCACCAUUGGUAAAAUCUUCAAGCCUUGGAAAUGGAGAAAAAAGAAAACCAGCGACAAAUUUAGAGAAACCUCAGCAGUAUUAGAGAGGAAGAUAUCCACAAGACAAAGUAGAGAGGAGCUGAUAAGAAGGGGCGUGCUUAAGGAAUUGCCUGAUCAAGAUGGAGAUGUAACAGUUAACUUUGAAAAUUCAAACGGGCACAUGAUACCCAUCGGAGAGGACUCUACCCAAGAGGAGAAUGUAGGGAGGCCUGAAGAAGGUCAAGGCUCUGUAUCUGAGAGAACACCACCUCGGGAGGAAAAGGCAGAAGAUAAGAAAGAGAACACUGAAAUCCACUCUGAAACACCGGCAGCUCCUGCUCUACCUCCUUCAGCUCCUCCUAAGCCUAAACCUAAACCUAAACCCAAAAAGUCACCUGUGCCUCCCAAAGGGGCCACUGCUGGGGCCAGCCACAAAGGUGAUGAAGUGCCUCCCAGUAAAAAAAAUGCCAAGGCUUCUGGUAAGCAGGUCCCCGUCCCUCCACCUAAGCCAACAAGCCGAAAUGCAACCCGAGAGGCUGCUGGUUCUUCUCAUUUGAAAAAACCUACUGGCUCCAAAGCAUCAGCUUCGCCAUCAACUGCAUCCACCUCUUCUCGUCCCAAAGCCUCCAAGGAAACAGUUGCUAGCAAAACAGGGACAGUGGGGACCACCAAGGGCAAGAAAAAAACUAGCAAGCAGCCAGCGACAUCUCGACUGUCUUCAGAGACCACUGCUUCUGGCCCAUCUGAUCUUAAGGGAGAAACUUCGGAGCCUGGAGUGGAGAGUUUCCAACCUGAACAGACUGUCUCUGGGGCUGAGGAGCAGAACACAGGCAAAUCCAAGGCCACAGUCCCUCUACCCCCAGUGGCUCGUUCACCUUCCCCCCCAGACCUUCCUCUGCCUCUUGAGGAGCAGUGCAUUAUUGCCUCAGACACUCCUGUGGUCUUGGUCAGCAAUGGAGCUGACCUGCCCAUCUCUGCCUUAGACCCAAGUCAGCUCCUUUGGACUGAAGAACCAACGAACAGAACCACUCUCUAUUCAGGCACUGGCUUAAGUGUUAGCAGAGAAAAUGCAAAAUGUUUUACGACCAAAGAUGAGCUGGGGAAGACAGGACCUCAACUGAUGACUCCUGGGCCGAUGGGAGAAUCUUCAGAAUCCUUCAGUACCCCAGAAGAUGAAGGCCCAAGGGAGUACCAGGCCACUGACUCUGACUCAGAUGGGCCCAUCUUGUACACAGAUGAUGAUGAAGAAGAAGAUGAGGAUGAAGAUGGCAGCGGAGAAAGUGCUUUGGCAAGUAAGAUACGACGAAGAGAUACUCUUGCUAUCAAACUUGGCAACAGACCAUCUAAGAAAGAAUUAGAGGAUAAAAACAUCCUUCAGCGUACAUCAGAAGAAGAGAGGCAGGAAAUCCGACAACAAAUUGGAACCAAGUUGGUCAGGAGACUCAGCCAGAGGCCUACCACUGAAGAAUUAGAACAAAGAAAUAUCCUAAAACAAAAGAACGAAGAAGAAGAACAAGAAGCAAAAAUGGAACUUAAACGCAGACUGAGCCGAAAGCUGAGUCUGAGACCCACAGUGGCAGAGCUCCAAGCCCGAAGGAUCCUAAGAUUUAACGAGUAUGUAGAAGUCACCGAUUCUCCUGACUAUGACCGCAGGACGGACAAACCCUGGGCCAGGUUAACACCUGCAGACAAGGCAGCAAUAAGGAAAGAACUAAAUGAAUUUAAAAGCACUGAAAUGGAAGUUCAUGAAGAGAGUCGACAGUUUACCAGGUUUCAUCGUCCAUAACGGAAGUGUCGACUGUUUGGAAAACAGAUUGAUCAUCUUUGGCAGAAGCCCUGCUUCCUGAAAACCUGAUAUUGCACUGAGAUUUGAAUGUUGUGUUUCCACCUGAUUGUGGUGAAGGAAGUGUGUGACUCAGCUUUGUUCAAAGGUGUUCCUCACCUGUAUACCCAUGUGGGGCCAACAAGCAGAAGGAAGGAAGCAGUGAGCCUUGCAGCCUAGAAUGUGUAUUGAUGGUAAGGGACAGACACUAUGGCUAUAUCAGCUGUUCUUCAUAAGGAGUUUUAAUCAAAGAAGAUGAGCAGAAGACAAUCGCUGGCUCCCUACUACCAGAAAGCCAACUGAUAUAAUGUGUACAGUUUAAAGAAAAAUAGAUUGGAAUUGCUGGGUACUGCAAAGGGGUGGGAGUUGAAAAUCAGAAAGAGAGAAAUAUUUCAUUAUGUUAAUGAAGAAAAGAGAAAAUAAAAGCAUAAAUGCAUUUUCGAGGUAGGCAUUUGGUAGCUGAGAACUUAUUAAGUGAUUUUGGAAUCAAAUUGCCCAAUCUGGAUUCCUCAAAGACUUGAUUCUCGAAGAACAUUCUUGUUUUACCAUUAAGUUGGUACAAUAUAGUACCAUUAUUUUAUGUUGUGCCAGUGAGUCCAGUUGCCAGAAAUAGUCUGGAUGUUUUCAUGCAUCUUUUUCUUAAAUGCAAGAAGCUUCUAUUGACUCUUACAAGCAUGCUCACCCAAAUUUUGUUGCAUGCUUUAAGUAUCACAGCUAUAUACACUUGACUUUUUUUAUACUCUUUUCCUAGUGUAUCAGCCUUCCACAAGAAUAACAGAACCAGGCAUAAAGUCAGAUGUAAUGUGAUCCUAUAAAACUGCUGAAAGCUUUAGAAAUAAAUCUCUUGGGCUUUCCCUUUGUUGAUUAUCUCCAGGCUCAAGCAACCAUACUUGAUCAAAAGAAGAUAGUGUCGACAAUCAUUACACCCUUUUAAAACCUGAAUCUGGGAGGUACCAGUUAUUUUUCAGUGCUUCAUUUAAAAAAAAGUUGGGUUGCUGCUAUUUAAAAAGUCAAGCACAUGGAUCAAAAAAAUAAUAAUAAUAACCAUAAGGCUUAAAAGAACACAGAAAAUUCUGCUAAUUUAUGUGUAAUGAAAACACCAUCUUGUAUAGUAAGAAUGUGUGGAUUGUAUCCAUAAAUACAGUAUUUACUUUCAGUGAGAUGACCUUGUGAGCCCACAGUCAGUAUUGUUUACAUUAAGGACCCUCUACUAUUGAUUUUUCUCUUGUCCACGGUGUCAGUUCCAAGCACAGAAUAGCUUCUACUCCCAGAUACAUCAGCUCACAUGUACAUACUACCUUGCAUUUAGUUGUUCUUUCAUGGUUAUUGUGUGCCCCUUGUUAAAAACACAUGAACUGUAUAACAAGAAGGCAAAUCAAAGUAGAGUUUAUUUUAUUCUUAGAGGUUAGAUUCGAAUUUUCUGAAGUCUUUCUGGUCCAGACUGUGAAAGACUAUAAUUUUCAGUUUCAAUCCAAAAGUAAGCAUUUAAUCUGUUGGGUAAGUUUAGAUCCCUCUCUUCUCCCAAUUCAUCGGUGUUUUGAAGAAUCAUUUGAAAUGGGAUGAUUGUAAUUUUGAAUAAUUUCAAAAUUUAAAAACAUUAGCCCCACAUGGCCUAUUAUAAAAAGCCAGGAUCAUUUUAUAAGGAAGAAACAUAGCCAGCAUUAUUAUACCUCGUGCUGCACUCAGCUAUGUGCAUCAAUUAACUAAGCCCAAAUUCUGUACCGUUGUCAGCUCACUAAUAAAAUAAGACAUACUUUGCUUUGAAAAAAGUAUCUCUGCAUGCCCAAGUAUCUGUCUCCAAUUGGGGUUUUGUCUCUUUUAGCUCUGUUCUGUUUUGUUGUUUUGAAGUGCUGGGGAUUAAACCCAGGGCUUUGUGCACGCAAGGCAAGUGCUCCCACCCUAGUAUUUCAAUUAGCUUUGUUUUCAUUUUUCUAGUCAUUCUUUUCCUUAUGACAUUUUAUUUUCACUUUAGAGUCUUGAAAAUAUGUUUCUUUUCUUUUACUAUGCUGAUAAUCUUUGAACAUUUCUUAUUUCUAAUCAUAAAUUCUGCAUAGUGAUAAAUAUAAGGUAGCACCAUUUUAUGACUCAAAAUGUAUGUCAUAGAAAGUUUCUAUUUGGCUGAUAAAAGGAACAGUCACUUUUCCACUAGCAGUACAUAUGAGGCAAUUUUUUAUUCCCUAAAAUGAGAUUCACCCAGUACAAAAAUGAAAAUCUGGUACUUCAAUAUAUUGUUUUCCUUAUAUGAUAUGCAGGUUUAUGAAUUACUCACUCUUUUUCUUCAUACUGAUUGAUGCAUUUAGAGAAAACUUUAUAUGUUAAAAGUUUAAAAUUUAAAAAAUAAUUAACCACUGCUACCUUAAUUAAAAUUAUUUGGAACCACCAACUAUUUCAUUAAAAUGAACCAUUAAAUAAAAGCAAUAGGAAGAAUUAGAGGGUUAUGAGAAAAACCAUAUUUUGCAGAAUAAGGCUGUUUUCAUGGUUGAUUUUUAAAAAUAGAAUCACUGUGUAUCAGUACCAGCAGCCUAUACAGGGUCUACUGCCUGGCAGCCCAAAAGAUGGAAAGGCUUGGGACACCCUCCCUACAAAAAUGCCUCUGUCCACUGCCAGCAACCCAACCAGUAACUUCUAUCCUUUAAGGAAAAUAAAUGUGUGUGGGGGAAUUGGGUUGGGGGUGGUUUGAACUCGGCCUUGCACACACUAUUUUCUACUACUGACCUGCUACACCCUCAGCCCCUGGAUGUCUUUGUUGUUGUUGUAACACAAUUCUGAGUUUUCAUGCAAGUGUAAUAUUAAGCUGACAUAGAGCAAGUGAGUGAGUUUUCCUGGGUCGCUGAGAUAUGAUUAAGGAAGAAAACAAACCCCUCUCAAGGAAGAACCCAGGUAGAAAAGAACUAGACAGAAUGUAAAAACCAAAGUGACCAUUUCCAGCUUCUGCAAAAAUGAAGAAAAAGCCCAUUAAUAUGAAGAUAGUAAGAUUGUUAAGUGGGCUACAUCAGAGCCUCAUGGUCAUUGCCAAUCAAUGUGAACAAAAUUAGUUCUCUGAUGGUCAGCAAGCAAUUACAGGCAGUGUGCUUGAUAAUUUCCUACACAGGGAAGUGUCUUGCAUUUCUUAGUGCUAAUUAUAACCUGGGUUAAUUCCUUAAACUAUUUAACUGAAGUCUACAAUAUUCAGAGAAUAUUGUCUUGGGUAUUUGAAAAGCUUUUUUAAUUGGAGAAGAAAGCAAACAUCUAUUUCUCUGUCUUAACCAGGAAAGCUGACUUUCUGGUUUCAUAUUCAUGUCCUUAUUAACAGAAUGAGUGAAGUCACUUAUCAUUCUCAAAUGUCAGUAGAAAGUUCUUAAAUUUAAGGAAAUAGAAAGAUUGAGUACACCCUUCAAAAUAAAUCGCCAAAUCUGAAAAUGAGUCAUGAGUUCUUAAAUCCCAAAAGUCAGGUCUUGCAUACCCCAAUUAGUUCAAUGCUGAUUGUCACUAAAAAAUACAGUAGCUUACACUUGAAAAGAGAAAAAAUCUGCACUAACACUGCAUAUCAUUAUACCACAUCAACACACAGCAGGCAUUAUACUUUAUAGAGUAAGAGAGACAUAAGUUUUAAAAAUCAGACCAUCUACACAAUAGAAAAAAGGCAGUCUUGUCUGCCACACAGUAGUAUGUCUGCAUUUAAACAGUGAAAACUUCUUCUUCUUCCUUUCUUGCUCAAAAGUUUCAUCUCUCUGUUAGUAUUUUUAAGUGUCCCUAGCCGCAUAUUUCAUGCAGAGUAAGAAAUUUUCCUCACAGUAGGUGAGAUGCAUUUAAAUUGAUAUAAGAUAGAUGAAUUUAUGUCAGUUUCACCAGUAUGGCAGAAUUGUUCAAGCAUUCUUAAAUUCUAGUUAUAUUAGUAAUUGGAGAUCAUUAUUUCUUCAAGUCAUCAGAAUAUAUUGUGAGCACUAAGGAACUUUUUAGAUACAAUUUAUCUACAAAAUUGUCCAUGGCCCCUUGAAAUGGUUAAUCUUUCAUUAGUGGAAUCUACAUAUAUAUUGUUUUACAUGACAGAGCACAAUAAAUUUCCAUAAUUCAAAUAUGUGCUGGAGGGGAAAACAGUGCCAAAAGUAGUCCAUCAAAUAAUGGGAGCUUCUUCCUGAGAGUAAGCAAGCUUAAAAGAGGGAUUUUAUUUUAGGCACUACUAGAAAAUCAGGUGGUGACCAAAGAGUAGUGGGAACAAAGGUAGAAAACCCUCAAACCAUUCUCCUUUUCACUUUCCACUUACUUUUAUAAUCAUCAAGCUCAAGGCUAUUUGGAAAUGUGAGGCACCAUUAGCAUUUCUAGAAAGCAGCUGAAAGAUUGGCCAUCUAUGCUGUUUUGAGGUCGGGGUCAUCCCAGAUUAAGAGAUCCUAUUGUAUCCAUUGUAAGAUUUCUAGCAAAGAAAUGGAGAAUCUUUGUGGCAGCUAUUCCCACUUAACGCCAACCUUACAGGAAAGGCUGUUUUAAGUUGUGCAAGGAUUUACUGCGCGCGCACACACACGUCAUUAGCUUGUCAUUGCUAGCACAGCUGCACAUAUGAGCAAAGAACUGUGGAUCGGUGUCCCUCAGUGGGGUGCUGUUGGCAUUUGGAUCUAGGCAAUUCUUUGUUGUGCAGAAAUGUCCUACGCAUUGCAAGAUGAUUAAUAUCCCAGGUCCCUGCUGACUAAAUGCCAGUAGCAUUCCCAGGCAUGUGAAAACCAAAAUUAAGAGGCCUUUCUUGUUUGUAGGCCCUCCAAUGGAGGAUGGUACCCCUCACCUGAGUUCCACUGUCUACUGCAGUUUGAGGACAUAGGAGGAAGUGUCUAUCACAGAUAAUUGGCUCUACUGCUGGCAUUUCUUUGGUCCCUUUCAUUUUUCCAGCCUUCUGUUUUGAUGCAGCUUUCAUUUACCACUUUUUCAGGCAGGAGAUAGCAGCCAGCCUUGGCAACUCUAGUAGGAAGUGGGUAUAGUGAUUUAGCCUGGUGUCUGUACUUCAAAAAAGGGGAGCUUUUACACAAAAAAGCUUUUUUUAUUGUUGUUUUGGGGGUUGUUUUCCACACUUUUUUUCAGAACUGCAGUGUGAUCACAAUCUUUGUCAAUGUCACGAGGAUUGUUGUAAGGGUUAAAUAGAAACAGUGACUCUUAACAAUGCACAUAAACAAAGCAGGGGUCUUUGGAAGCCACCAUUGAAUUUCGCCUGGGAACGCUGCAUCCUAUGGGUUCCAAAAGCUUCUGUUUCUCCCGUUACAGAAGCAUUUAAUCUGCAUGCAAAUGCUUGAAUUUUCCCACAUAAACAUAGUCAUGCAUGGGGAUGUAUGAACACUUCAUCAUGACGGAAAUGUGGCAGAACUGUGGAUUGCAUACAUAUUGUUCAUCCUGCAGUGAUGGUCCUACACAAAACAAGAUGACUUUUAUCCAGGGAAAACACUGUUAAACUGUGCUAACAAUACAGCAACAUAUUCUCUUUGUCACAUUUUGUGGUUGAAGUUGAAUGGUGUGGUCAAUAUGUCUUGAAACUACUUGGAUGAACUGUCACUAGGAGAAUGGAAUUAAUUUAGCCACUAUAAUUUUUUUUGAAAUAUUAAAAUUCCAAAAAAAAGGUUUUUUGAGGCAGAGCAACUUUGAGUUGAUAAAGGUGGUUAUGUUUUGAUCUUAUAGACGGUGCUGAAAAAUUCUUAUCCUUUUUGAUAGCAGUAUUUUUUUUAAAGAGAACAAACUGAAAGGAAUAAAUGAGGCAAAAUGCCACUCCACCCUCAGGUCAAUCUUAUGGUAUAUUAAAAUGCCAACAAUAUUUGUGCCACUUGCCAAUCUGGAGGGCUUUUCCCUUACUGGAUGCUUUUAUUAUAGUUUGACUAUAUCAUUACAUUCUUAGGGACCCCACAAUAAGAAAUUGCCACUGUACUGCUAACUAGCAUUUGGAAAUUAUCAGAACAAAUUGAGGGUCAAACCACUUCCAUCGCUUAAAAUAUAGGCACUAACUUUUUUUGUAUACUUUUAGUAUUUUUUUCUGUGGCUUAGAAAUGGGCCAGUAUGUUCAAAACAUUCUUCAGUAAUUUCACUGUUAUAUACCUACUAAAAACUUCAAACUAGUUUAUCUUUUUUUCUAUGUAAUAGUGAUUUUUUAAAUAAUGGACUAUCUGUAUUCUUUUGUUAUUUUAAGCUUUUGUUAAAGUGGUAAGAAUGGUAAACUGUGAUCAUUAUCAGAUUAACUGAAUGGUUCCUGAUUUCCAGCGAGUAAUCUAGUCCUGCGUAUUACACAGGUAUAAUAUCUGUGAGUGUAAAUAACUGGAACUGUACACUGAGUAACAUGACAGUUUCUCCUUUUUGUUGUUCCUAAUCUGUACUGUAUUAUAAUAUGUGGGUAUAAAUAUCUACAAGUAUACACACAUAUGUAUAUGUAUUCCACUAUUGUACCCUGAAAGAAAGACUAUGUAUUAUCUUUUUUAUUUCAUAUUGGUGUUUGUGUUAUUUAAAAAGCAAAACUAUGCUCUAUCUAGUGGUAUAAACAUAAUAGGAUACUUUGCUGUGCACAAGUUCAAGUGCCUUAGAACAUUGUUUAGCUUUCCUAAGUAUAUAUAAAUGCAUAUAUAUGUGUAUAAAAGUGGGAAAAGUUACCUCAAUAAAGUCCUUGGGAAAA